AUGACAUACGCACCUGGAAGACGGGGAUCAAUGCGAUAUUUCUUUGCCCAUGGAAACCACGAGCGUACACAGUUACUGGGCGAUGUAGCUGUGACAGCCAAGAUUGUCGUGUUCCACCGACAUGGAAAGAUUGUAUACGGUGGCAUUGAAAAUUCUUCCACAUUUUGCUUCACCGAUGGUGCUUGGAAAAAUGAGAGUCCUCUUCCUGCGCAUGAGUUUACUGAGAGAUUGAUAAGUCAUGUCUCGGUACCUACACUAAUUGUAGCGGAAGUCCCGAGGGCAAUCUUGGUUGAGGGAAGAAGUGAUCGUCCGUCUUGCAAUCCUGACGAUCGGUAUUACUUGAACACGAUGUUGGACGGAUUUGUACCAUACUUCAUCGAGUCCAUCUCUCUCAAGAGCAGUGAUUACCUUCCAGGGGACGUUCACAACCUAAGCAAGGAGGUUUCUAUCCAUAUGAACCUGCAAACACAUGGUGAAGAAUUUGCCGCAUUCCUCCAGCUCUACCGACAGCGCUACUUCAGCAAUCAGCCAGUGGAGAGCGCCAUGGUUCUUCUUGCUUCAUGUUUGUUACACAUUUUAAAGAUGCCGUUCGACUUUGAAACCUCAAUUUUACAAGGCUUAAUGUGA